AUGUUUGAUACAGGGGCUUUAAACCAGGUGAAAACUUGUACUGAUACAAUAAUGAAUAUUAGCCAGCUGGAGGAAGACAUGUUGAAGCAGAAAGCUAAAUUAGAUUGGCUGAAUUUGGGAGAUGGAAAUAACUCAUAUUUUCAUGCCUCUAUCAAAGAGAGAAAUAAGCAUAUUGGUCUGCAUACUCUGUUUUCCUUACAAGGGGAGCUUCUUAGUAACCAUGAAGCCAUUGAGCAGGAGAUCUUGGAGUUCUAUAAAGAGUUGGUUGGCACAACUACAAAUAAGCUGAUUGGGAUUGAUAGUCAUUGCAUUAGAAAGGGUAAAACUCUUUCAGGAGAGGAUGCACUUACUCUCAUAAAGCCUGUGGAAGAUAGAGAAAUUUGGAAUGCCCUUGAGAACAUAGGAAAUAAUAAGGCCCCAAGAGUUGAUGGCUUUAAUGCCUUCUUUUUCAAGAAUGCCUGUCAGGUGAUCAAACAUGAUAUGGUGGCUUCUGUGAAGGAGUUCUUUCGCACAAGAAUGAUACAUAAAGCUCUUAAUUAUUCUUUAGUGACUCUGAUCCCGAAGCAUGCUAAAGCCAGGACUGUUAAAGACAUGAGACCUAUCUCAUGUUGUAGCACCUUUUAUAAAGUUAUAUCAAAGGUCCUGACUAAGAGACUAGGAAAGGUUAUCAGCUCCAUCAUUAAUGAGAAUCAUCCAGCCUUCAUCCCAGGAAGAAUUAUACAAGACAACAUUAUGAUGGCCCAAGAGUAG